GCAGAGAGGAGAAGUGAUGAAACUGCAGCUGAAGACCCGCCGUCUCUUUUUGGACCAUGAAACCAGCAGGACAUGUUCCUGCCGUUUGGAGGAGCUGAAAUGAGUCUGGAGCGGCUGAACAACCAGUGAAGCUCUGCAGCCGGUCGUCAUGUCCCUGUGGAUGAUCCUGCCUGUCAGUCUGCCCGUCUUCACCAUCACAGGAAUAUGGGUCGUGUACGCGAUGGCCCUCUACAACCAGCACGUCUGCCCAGUUCACAACUGGCUGUAUAACGAGUCCUGUGAGGAGCAGCUUCCUCUGCAGAGAGGACCUGAGCUCUGCUGCAGUCCAGACAACGUCCCACUCAUCAGUAAAUGUGGGACGCUGCCUCCUGAAAGUUGCUUCUUCAGCCUCGUCUGCAGCACCGGAUCCUUCAUGGUGAUGCUCAUCAGCCUGCUGCGUUACGCUCUGGUCAUCGAGAAGAACCAGAACUCCGUCCUGAACACGGCCGGCCUCUCCACGGGCUGGAUCUGUGCUGCCGGGCUCAUCAUGGUGGGAAACUUCCAGGUGGAUUUCGCCAAAGUCCUCCACUACGUCGGAGCCGGAGUGGCCUUCCCAUCCAGCAUGUUGUUUGUGUGUCUCCAGUCGGCACUGACGUACAAACUUGCAAAAACCCAGGAGGAGUACUGGAUCGGUCACUUCAGAGUGGCGAUGGCACUGUUGGCGCUGAUCGCUCUGGUGCUUAGUGGAGUCUUUUUUUGCCAGGAGAGCUUCGCCCUGCAGCACACCUCCGCCAUCUUCGAGUGGGUCUACUGCAUGAUCAUCAUGCUGUUUUACGGGACGUUUGUCUUCGAGUUUGGAGACAUGUCGGCGGACACCCUGAUGGUGCUCACCAGAGGAGGAGGGGUGCACAGCUUCCCCCACUCUGAGCACAAGGUCGAGGUCGGCGGGGGCACCGGCCACCACCAGCCAGAGAAUUUCCUGAUUCUGUAAACGGACUGAAGCGUUUCUGCCCCUCUGGAGUUCGCGGGGAAUCCUGUAAAGUGCAACCAGCACCUCCACUGCACAAACAGAACCCCCAGACGUGACCAAAGACUCUCGAGCUGCGAACCGUUGCACAACGACACACGUGCCUUCAGGAGAGGAGCUGGCUCCGUGUUUGUUUUAGUUCUCCUUAUGUAACGGAUCCCCGGCUGGAGUCGCCUCCUCCGUCCUGGAGGUGCCUCAGAAGUCGCUCCGUGCUGCGGCGGGUUCGUCCGAGUUCAGCCGCUCGGGUUGUUUUACCUCAGGGAGAUUUGUUACAUCACGUCAGCUUUCACUCGUCUCCCAAAAGACUUCAGACAAUCGGAGGACGUUACGGGGCGGCAGUAAACAUUUUCUUUAGUCUGAAGUGCUUUAUUUGUCCCUCUGUCCAAAACAAAAGACUUUUAUGUUCAUUCCUCUCCACCAGAGUCAGAAACGAGAGGGUUUGGUGGUGAGGUUCUUAAAUUUGACACCAAAUGAUGAAUAAAGACGAGAGAUCCAGGUGUUUACAUCUGGAUCUGAUGCACAACUUAGAAGACAUCGUGUUGGUAGAGCUGCAGCCUUAAAGAAGGAAAGCACCGGUGCUGUCACAUGUCCGACAGGAAGACAGAGGAGGACAUCGUGUGGGCUUUGAAGGAAAAGCCUGAAACAGGUUUGUCCAGUCCUGGUCCUCGAGGACCCCUGUCCUGCAUGUUUUAGCUGUUCCUCUGCUCCUCAGCAGGUCUUCAGGUUCUGCAGAAGCCUGUUUGUCACUCGUUGGUGCUUCAAAACAGGAACGACUAAAACAUGCAGGACAGCGGUCCUCCAGGACCAGGGUGGGACACGACUGUCCUAAAGCAACCGCUGGUGGCCUCCAGAGGACAGGAGUGAAGUCUUCUGGUCUUCACAGAAGACUUCCCAACAGAAGGACAGAAGCUACAGCAGAAAAUAAAAACUCAGUGAGAACGGGAGUUUACUAAACGGACAAGAACCAAAAACUGAAGAUCAAGAUGAAGCUUCAAGGGGCCGUUUUGACCCAAGGGCAGCAGGAGGGUCAAUCAGUUCCAGUGCUUCUGCUCAGCUAAAGUUUAGCUGUUCUGUUACAAACAUUACUCUCUUCUAAGUUGUGCAUCAGAUCCAGAUGUAAACACCUGGAUCCCUUGUCCUUUUCACGGUGCAAUGAAAAGAACCGACCCGACUGUUUUAAUACUAUUACUUUGAGCCGGACCGUGUACUUUUACCUAUAAAGCUCAGUAAAAGUAUUUUACGUUUCCGCUCUGCUCUGUUGUUUGUUUCAGUUUGAGGAGGAGUCAGUUUUGAUCAGACGCAGUGAUAUUCUGAGAAAAACGACCUUUUGU